AUGCCGAUGGUCAGCAAGAGCGUUAUUCUAUCACCGGUCGCAUGGAUGAUAGUGGUGGCGCCUGCUACCCCGCAGUGGAUCACCUCCUCGAGACGCGCGCUGUUAUUGGCCGGAGCAAUGACGGCCGUGAUAACAACGACCGGUAUCCUGACCUUGGCCGCCAGCUGCCUGCUGCUCCUACGAAGUCUCCAGGGGCUAUGGUACGUGCCAGGCCAGCAGCACGGAGCAUACAAUACGGAAAGCACCGCUGAAGACCAGCAGUACGGAAGACAGUACGACAGGUAUUCACGUGAUCUCCAGCAGCUGCAAGCAGCUGUGCCGGUGAUUCCGAGCCAUCAAAUUGAAGGGCAGCAUGAGGAGUUCAGCGCGAGUAAUGCCAGGCCCGAACAGUACGGACAGUACGAAGGGUACACGUACGAAUGUCAGCAGGAAGCAGCUGCCCCGGGGGUCUUGGGCGAGCAUUACGGACAAAAUGUUGUUGACAAUAAUGUCGGUCGUCAGUACGGACAAUACGAACGACAGGGGGAGGUUUGCACCGCAUCCGCUGGCCCACAGUACGGAGAAUACAGUCCGCGGAGCACAGGACCCCAUCAGUACAGAAGACAGUACGACGGGUAUCCACAUGAUCUUCAGCAGCUACAAGCAGCUGUGCCGGUGAUUCCGAGCCAUCGGUACGGACAGUUGGAUUUGGAUCAUGCCGUCGAUCGUCAGUAUGGACAAUGUGAAGGACAGCACGAGGAGUUCAGCGCGAGUAGUGCCAGGCCCGAACAGUACGGACAGUACGAAGCGAGCAUGAAUGUUCAGGAAGUUGCUGCUGCACGGGGCCUCUCUGGCCAGGAGUGCGAACAACAUGAUGCGGACAACACCGCCGGCCAAUCGUACGAACAAUUUGGACGACAGACAGGCUGGAUCCGACUGGAAACAGUUCGCGACGGAUCCGCCAGCUCACAGUACGGAGGAUGCAUUAUGAACAAUAUCGGGCCCCAGCCGUACGAGAACCGUACAAGUGGGCUUCAGCAGGAUGCGUUUCUCGCGGAGCUCGCCGACCAGCUGUACGGACAACUUGGCGCGGAUAGCGCCGUCAGCCAUUCGCGCGGAGAGUCCGACGGGCAGACGGCCGGAGAGGCCGUGAUUCUUGUGCGUGACCAAGAACGAAUGAAGAGGCCGCGCACAAGCUUUUUGCGGUCUGAGACCGGCAGGGACGUGUGCACGAGCGCAAAUACGGGGAACGGAUUAGCGAUGCUGCCUUGCAAAGGUUCUUACGAUAUCGGCAAGCAAUGCAAGCGGAGCUGGAUGGCCAUGAUGGCGGCGGCAAGGGCAGAUUUGGGGAUGGGCGAGCAUCAUGGGGAUAGCGCGCUGAGUGACGACCUGAGCUAUGGAUGCGCCAGCGGUGCAGUCCUGUCCAAUCCUCAGGUCGCCACCGAAUGCGAUCCCGCUUGGAAGGCCAGGCGAAUCGGCCGGCACCCCACCGCCACCGCCAUCGCUGCCAAUGGCGUGUCAUCUGCGCCAAGGGUGCCCGAAGCCAUCGCAGUUUCCUGCACGGACAGCAUCCUACAAGACCUCCAAAUGCUGGGACUGGAAUUGUCCGACGACGACGACGACGACGACGACGACGAAAUUCCAACAAAAAGCAGCUGCCCUGAAGGAGCAGCUGCCAUGAGCGCAGCCACUGCCAUAGCCGCUGCGGCCGCUGCGGAGCUACUAACUCCGCCAGUGGCCGGAAGGGAGCUGCAGAUGGCGAAGUAUACCCCGGCCAUCUCGCACUUUAUGGAGAAGUCAGAUGACCUAAUACGGGAUAUGCUGCAGGCUGCAUGCUUCGGCAAAGCGCGGAUCGAGGAAGCCUUGAGUGCUAUUUCAGGAGGCUCCAUCGAGGCCUUCUCGCCGUUCACUCUUCAGAUGCUGUAUGACGUGGGCAAUGCCAGGUCGUCGCUGUUGAUGCUCUUCCUGGAGUACCUCGAGAUUUCCAGCUGCAGCGGCGAUGACGACAACAAUAACAGCAGCAGCCAUGGUGCAUCUACUGCGACGCCGCCAUCGGCCACACAACAGCGGACUCCCAUCGAUGUCGCAGAUAUCUUGCUUGCCAGGCUUCACAAGCACUUCCGGCGCUGUGCAAGCCCUCUUAUUUUCCCCGCCUUUUAUUACCUCCUCUGUUCCGAGCAGAUGAAGGACUGGUUCACGAACUGGAGGGCUCGGCAGUGGCGCGACGCGGUUGAGGGACCGGGCGGCGGCGACGGCGGCGGCGCCAGCCAUGGCGACGACGGUUAUGGCGACGGCAACGCCGUGGACGAUAAGGACGUCGACUACUGGCUUGACCUCUACAAGGAUUAUAUGGGCGAUGACUCUGAUGAGUCUGAUGAGUCUGAUGAGUCUGAUGAGUCUGAUGACUCUGAUGACGAAGAGGAGAGCGCGGGGUCCGACUUUGAUGAUGACGACGACUCUGAUGAUGACGACGACUUCUUCAACUUCUAA